AUGGGGUUCGGGCAGAUAAAGUCUGAUUAUCUAAUGGAGGAGUUUAGGUGUUUUGAAGUCUGUCUUAUGAAGAUAAUGUCUUGGAAUGUGCGUGGUUUAAGUAGGCCAGAGAAAAUGAGUAAAAUUAGGAACAUGUUAAAAGAAAGAGGGGUGGAUGUGGUGUUAAUUCAAGAAACCAGGAGAAGAACUUUGGAGGUAACUCUCAUUAAAUCUAUUUGGCCUUUUGAUAAAAUGGAUUAUAUGGGAGUAGAUGCUGAUGGCAGGGCUGGAGGUCUACUGUGCAUCUGGCAUCCUGCUAGAUUCAAGGUUGUUGAUUGUUGUGGCUCCAGAAAUUUUAUUAUUUUAUCAGGUAUCAGUGGUCAGUCCUUUGAAUGCUUUGUGGUGAAUGUCUAUGCUUCCAACGAUGUUGGCAAAAGAAGACAAUUGUGGAAAUCUUUAAAGAAUCUGAAAAUCUCAUACCCGAAUCCUUGGUGUAUGGGUGGAGAUUUUAAUGAGAUUAGAUUCCUCGGUGAAAGGAAGGGGUGCUCCCGGAGGGAUAGAGGUAUGAAUGAUUUUAAUGAGCUGAUUGAUCAGUUGAACCUUGUUGAUUUGCCAAUGAAGGGAAGAAGAUUCACGUGGUGUAAUGCACAAGAUGGGAAGAGAUGA